CUCUCUCUCUCUCUCCCACAUCAAAUCCUUAAUUUUCAAACUGAUAUACCUUCAUACCUCUGUAUAUAUAUACAACAUCUCUUCCACACCAAUCUCCUUGUUUUCCCUUCCAAACACAAAUAGAAUGGCGGCGAAGUCUUUCGUUUUGGCUAUGGUUUCUUGUUUGGUCUUCGCCGUUGCUUUUGCAGCGGCCAUGGACAUGUCCAUCAUCGACUACGACCUCAAACACGGCCAGAGGACCGACACCCACGUGCGCUCCCUGUACGAGGCCUGGCUGGUCAACCAUGGCAAGGUCUACAAUGCCCUCGGAGAGAAGGAGAGGCGCUUCGAGAUCUUCAAGGAUAACCUGCGGUUCGUCGACGACCACAACAAGGUAGAGAACCGGACGUACAGGGUCGGCUUGAACCGGUUCGCUGACCUCACCAACGACGAGUACCGGUCCAUGUUCUUGGGUCGUAGCAUGGAUCGGAAGGGUAGGCUUUCCGGGACAAAGAGCCACCGGUACGCGUACCGUGCCGGUGAGAACUUGCCCGAGUUGGUGGAUUGGAGACAGAAAGGUGCUGUUGUGGGGGUCAAGGAUCAAGGCCAAUGCGGGAGUUGCUGGGCGUUCUCGACAAUUGGUGCUAUUGAAGGCAUAAAUCAAAUUGUGACAGGUGAUCUUAUCUCCUUGUCGGAGCAAGAAUUAGUGGACUGUGAUACUUCAUAUAACCAAGGAUGCAAUGGAGGUCUAAUGGACUAUGGCUUCCAAUUCAUCAUCAACAAUGGUGGCAUUGACACCGAAGAAGAUUACCCGUACCGUGCUCGUGAUGGCGCUUGUGAUACCAACCGGAAGAAUGCAAGGGUUGUGACCAUCGAUGGAUAUGAAGAUGUUCCUGAAAAUGAUGAAAACUCCUUGAAGAAGGCUGUGGCAAAUCAGCCUAUUAGUGUUGCCAUUGAAGCUGGUGGCAGAGCUUUCCAACUCUAUGACUCGGGAGUGUUCACAGGGCUCUGCGGAACGCAACUAGACCACGGUGUGGUUGCCGUCGGAUAUGGAACAGAAAAUGGUGUUGAUUACUGGCUUGUGAGGAACUCUUGGGGUCACAGCUGGGGGGAGAAUGGUUACAUCAAGUUGGAGCGUAAUGUGGCUAGUACCACCACCGGCAAGUGCGGGAUUGCAAUCGAGCCAUCCUACCCCAUCAAGAAUGGUCUGAAUCCGCCUAACCCUGGUCCCUCUCCGCCAUCUCCUCCUUCAAGGCCUGACAAUGCCUGCGAUGAAUACUUCUCAUGCUCAGCAGGAACCACAUGCUGCUGUGUAUAUGAUUAUGGCGAUUUCUGCUUUGGAUGGGGAUGCUGCCCCUUGGAGUCUGCAACCUGCUGUGAUGAUCAUUACAGCUGCUGCCCUCAUGAGUAUCCCAUCUGUGAUGUUGAUGCUGGAACUUGCCGAAUGAGCAAAGACAAUCCGUUCGGAGUUAAAGCAUUCAAGCGGAUUCCUGCUAAAAGUACUCCUCACCAUUUUGCUGACAAGAAGAUAACCAGUACUUGAGAAGCCUUGGUAUCAUAUUGGGUCUUGAAGAAGAAUAAUUGCUUUGUUGUUCUCGUUGAACUUAACAGUUUGUGUAGACUUUAAUUAUUUGCAGGGUUUAAUGUUUCAAUGUUCAUGAUUAUUGUAAAUACAUUCCAUUAUUUUCCCAAAACACAAUA